UUAACACAAAGUCCCUGUGCUUGUGCUUCUUGCUCAAAGCUGUUUGAAGAUGGGGAAAAGCAGUGCCCUAAAAAGAAAGCAAAGCAAAACCAAGGGCUUCUCCGUCGGCGACGAGGUCGAGGUCCAGAGCGAGGAUGAAGGCUUCCGAGGAGCUUGGUAUGAGGCCACCGUCGUCCGCCCUCUCCCCAGACACCGCCGCCAUUCCGUGGUCUACACCUCGCUGCUUGAAGAUGCUGUCUCUUGCCGUCCUCUUCAUGAGUACGUCCUUGAUUCCCACCUCCGCCCUCGCCACCCUCGCCGACCUGGACCACCGUUCCAGAUCCAUCAGGUCGUCGAUGCGUUCCAUCAGGAUGGGUGGUGGCCUGGGGUUGUUGCCGAUGUGCGUGGUGGCCGUUAUGCUGUCUACUUUCCGAGUACUCGGGAAGAAGAGGAAUUUGUUGAGUCGGAUGUUCGUGCUCAUCUUCGGUGGGUGAAGGGUCAGUGGAUCAGUGAUUCGGAGGACUCGCCAGGAAGGACUAAGGAAAAGUUUAGUCUCGGGGACCAAGUUGAAGUCACGCGUGACAAGGAGAUCUUUGGAGGUGCUUGGUACAGUGGAACUAUUGUGAAAGUAAUUGGAAAGACAUACUUCUUGAUAGAGUAUGCUAGCCUCCUCCAGGGUAGUGGUAGUGGUGGUCAUUGUGAGUUUCUUAGGGAGAUUGUUGAUGCUCAAUAUAUCAGGCCUUCCCCUCAUAAACCAGAAGCUGUGAAAUUUGAUCUUUUUGAUGAAGUGGAGGCUUUCUGGACAAAUUAUUGGUUACCUGGAGUGAUCAAGAAGGUCCUUUCUGAGUCAAUGUAUGUUGUCAAGCCAACAUACCAAAAAGAAGACUUGGAGCUUAAUGCUAUAGACUUGCGGCACCAUUACAAUUGGACGAAUGGGCAAUGGGUCCGUGCCACGCAGGGGGAAUAUAAGAAAACAAAAGUUGGAAGUGGAACCAAGUUAUCCAGUUAUAGAAAAUCAAAAGCACGUAAAAUGCCAGAUUGUCCUAGUCCAGCCUGCAACACCGCUGAAGGUGAAGUUACACUUGAUACAUGUUCAGACACUGGCAUAUUAAAGCAAGAAAACAACAGAAAACUAAGACUUGAUGAUCAGCUACAACCUUGCCGUGAUUCAAGGAAGAAAGAGCUGGCUAAAGACAACACAAAAUUGGUGGACUUGUUACCAAUAGAAAGGCGCUCUAAAAUCUCAGAAAAGAUUGGUAUGGCACUCGAUUCUCCUCGAGAGCUCGCAAUUAGUCCUUCCCUGACAAAUGAGCAUCCUCAUUCUGAAGGACUGUGCAGAGAGAGGAGAGGAGAAAGUUCAUCCGUGGUCUCAAAACUUCCACCAAACUUGUCAGAUGUGAUCCUUCAUGAGCAGGGCAUGUCUGUUUCAAAAGGCACAGUUAAAGCAUCUAGUAGGGAACCUGAAACUUAUAAUUCUAAGGAUGAUAUGUCAGAAAAUAAAACAAAGGCACUUAACUUAAUUCUUUCACCAUCUAUUCAAGAAAACAAUGAAUUUUUCUCUAGUGGUGAAUGGGAAAGCUAUUGUUGUGUUUCUGAUGUUGGGCUGAACCUGAAGAAGCGGCGAAAGAAGCUUGUUAUUCGAGCUCCAAAACGACAAAGGAAAAUUCCUGAUGUGGUGCAUACUGCCCCCCCUGGCUUUGUUGGCAAGAGAGGUCGACCUCGAAAGGAAGGUAUGCAAGUAAAACAAGUGGGAACAACAGCUGAUCAAGCUGUUGAAAUUGAUUGCAGGAAGGAAGAAGCUGGACUCUGUGAUCUAGAUCCCUCUGUUAACUUUUCAGAUGCUGCUCAACUGCAGUGCGACAAAAAUGGAUCAAAGCAAGAUGAAAGCUAUCUAUUGGAUCUCAAUAAUGCUAUUUCAGAAGAUUUGCAAGGUGAAAGUGUCACUAUUAUUCAUGAGAGCAAAGAACAAGAACGAGGAUUUGAUGUCUACAAUCAACCACAUGAUAAACAUGUAACUUCUCAAUUCAACUCUUCCUCCACUGUGGAGAAAUCAGUUGAUGAUCCAACCAAACAAGCGGCAGUUGCCAUGGUGAGCUCACCUAAUCGUGCAGCUGAAGGCAUGUGCAAUGAUGGUAAUGAGAUGAGCAUCAAUGAAGAUAAUCAAGCCCUCCCUCCUGUUGAAGAAGUUAGUGCUACAUUUCAAAAAGGGCUUGUGCAUGAUUUGCCAUCUUCAAACAAAACUGAAAUGCCAGCCGUUUCAGCUGAGAACUCAUCUGAUUCACCUGAAAAGAUUGCAUUAGCUGACAACUCAUCUGAUUCACCUGAAAAGAAUGCAUUGGCUGAGAACUCAUCUGAUUCACCUGAAAAGAAUGUGUUGGUGCCUUUCGUGAGAUCAUCCCCGAUGUGGCAGACUAUUGAGUCAAUGGAAAUAUUCAGGUUACUGCCUCAAGAACCUCAUUUUCAACCUUUAGAGCAGCACUGCCCUGAAUUCCGUGAAGGAAUGGCUGUAGGAUUGAUGAUCACCUUUGCGAAUUUUGCUACUAGCAUUCGCAGCUUACGCAUCACGGAUCCCCUGACGGUGCUCAAUGAAAAAUUGAAGGCUCUUGCAACUUUGGAAGCGAAUGGAUUUAAAGUGCAGCGCAUGCGGCAUCGAAUAGAGCAAUUACUAGAUAUUAGAAGAAAACAGGAACAGUCUGAAAUCAAGAGAACUGAACUAGAAGGACAGCUUUUAGACCGGAAAAAUGAGAAAGGACUGCUUAAUUCAUCAAUUAUGGACUUUGACAAAGACAUAAUGGAAUUGGAGCAGAAGAUUUUACGCUUCAAAGAGAAAAGAGCGUCAGCCAUAGUGCAGAGAGAACUCAUCGACUCUGAGAUUGCUAUUCUGCAAAGGGAUGCAGAGGCUGCUGAGGAAUUCUUAGCGUCAGCUGAGCAUCAAUUUGAUGGUGCGGUCACUGCUCCUUGGUAAAAGCCGAUAUUUGUUGUUUAAUCUAAUGUUAACUGUUUGCUUAUCAGAUGUACUUUGUUGUAUCUGUAAUGUCAGGAGGAUAGUCUAAAAUUGAAGCAGUCCUGGUAAUUGCAUGCCUUUCUUUUCCUCAUGCCUUUUGCGUGAUAUAGUACUCUGUGACUAGCAUAGUGUUGUAUCCUUAAGGAUUCCAAGUACUUAUGGAACGUGGUAAUUUACAAGAGUAGUUUAUAUGAAA